GAUGGAUGAUACUUUCUGACAGGUCAUGACAUUGUUGAUUAAGACUUUUUUCAUUGUUUUAUUAUAGAAAUAAUGGAAAAUGCAGACAUUCCCAUAGAGGAAACUGGAGAUGGAAGCUGAGAGAGGCUAAACAGUAUCAGAGUCUCGAGCAGUGGCCUCUAAGAUCCUGGUGGCCUGAGGGAGCCUCUCAGUUCUGGCCUGCUGUAUCUGAUACUUUCUUCCCAACUGCAGCAGGGAGAAAAGGCUGUUAUCAGGAUGGUUGGGAUCCUUCAUGAUUCUCCUACAUACCACAGUUCAGCUGACAAUAAUGACAUUUUAUAUGAAUGCUGUAGGCUGACUGUCGGGUUUUGUGAAACUAUUAAUUUCUUCAUGGAAAGGCAUAAAGCCCUCAAACACACGCCAGAGGAGACGCUACAGGGACCGCUGCUAGCAGCUGGCACAGAGAAGACCUUGGACUUGGCUGAAGUGCAGAUUCCUGCCUUCACGUCUAAGGAUCUGCACUGUUUGCACCUAAAUGUUUGCAGCCUACGACCAAAGACAGAUGAAAUCUGUGUACUUGCAUGUAAAGGUAAUGACACUAUAUUGUGCUUUACUGAAACCUGGAUAGACUCCAUCAGAGGCACUGAUGUGGAAAUUGAAAACUUUUCAAUCAUUCGUAAGGACAGAGGGAGACGAAGAGGAGGAGGAGGAGGAGGAGGAGGAGGAAGUAUAUAUGUGAGAUUGAAUAUAGAAUUUAAUGCAAGAGCUGAUUUAAAUAAUGAUAAGCUUGAAGCAGCUUUGAUUGAUAUUUUACUUACUGAACCGAUACUGACUGGUGCUUUAUAUAGAACUCCUGACCAGAGGAACUUUGUUGUAAUUUUACUGGAUGAUGUGAAUAUUGAUAUUUUGAAUGAAAAUGGUUCACUACAUAAUGCACUGUUAAACUUCCUGAAGACAUUUGGUCUCACACAAUUAAUAAAUGAUCCUACUAGAAUUAGUGAACACAGUCAAACUGCUGUUGAUCUUAUUAUGGUAUCAGACAAAUGCCAAAUCUCUCAUAUUGGUGUCAUUGUUUAUGGAAUCACUGAUCAUUUUUUAACCUACUGUACAAGGAAAGUUAGGACGACCCCAAUGAACUGUCACAAUUCUAUUAAAAGUAAAACCCUUAGAAGGUAUGAUAUUGAUAAAUUCAAGAAUAUGCUUAAGAACAUGGAUCGGUGUAACAGUAUGGAUAGUUGUGAUGUAGUUAAAGCACUGAAUCACUUCCAGAGUCAUUUUCUUCAGGUUUUAGAUAAAAUUGCUCCAUUAAAAGAGGUGAAGAUUAAACUGAGAACUCAACAUUGGAUAAAUAAAGAUUCUAGACACUAUUUAUUUGAGAAUUAUAGUAAUAAAAGAUCAUAGAAGAAAUAAAGUGCCUGAUUUUUAUAUUAAAUACAAAAAUCUUAGAAAUAAAGUGCAAAGAAUGGUAGACGAAGCCAAGAAGUCUGACUUUAGGACAAAGGCAGAAGAAUAGAAAAAUAAUUCAAAAAAGUUGUGAACAACCCUCAAGUCAUUAGGGACCAAGGAAAAGCUUAAAUAUAAACAUGAAUAUCAAUCUAUAUAAGCUGUAUAAAGUUAUGGUUGUAGAGAGCUUUUCAGUAAAAUCCUGGAAAGAGCCUUUUAUGAACAGAUUUUGAAAUAUGUUAACCAGUUUAAUAUUUGAUAUAUGAUAUCAGUCAGGUUUUAAACAGUCUUACACAAAUGAGACUUACAUGAUUUAUUUAACCAACCUCAUUAAAAAGGAAGUUGACAGUGGAAAGUAUUGAUGCUCAACCUGCAAAAAGCCUCCGACACAGUGAAUCACCAGAUAUUAAUGUAGAAACUAAAGGCAAUAGGUUUUAAUAGAGAGGCCUUAUGGGAUGGAUACAGUCACAUCUUUCCUGUAGAGUCUAAAUGGUUGAUGUAGGAGCAGAGCAACAUUAAACCUGCUAAUUAUCUGAAUAGUUUUUUAAAAAAAGAGGUGAAAAAAAGGAUCCUGAGUAAGUUCACAUAGUAAAACAUCUUUUUUAGGACAGGUGUCUGUACCUGUGUAGUUUUUAUUAUUUUCAUGAUUGUAUAAUUUUUUAUGUUUUUAUUGUGUUGUAUUUGUGUAAAAUUGUAUAUAUUCAUGUCACUCCUUUCUCCCGACUGUCUGUUAGACUUCAGGACAGCAAUGGAAAUAAAUCAUGUGACUUUAUUGUGAUUUCCUGAUGAAUUUUAUAAAC